CACUUUUGAUGUAAUAUUCGUAGUUUUUUCCUCAUAACAUACUGGUACUUGACACUAAACCAAAAAAAAAUGAGAUCAGUGGUGUAGAAAAAAAGGAAGUCCCUUUAGAUGUGGCUAUUCAAAAUGACUAAUUUUGCAUUCUGGUCUUUGCUUUUGUAAAUGAAGUCUUUUUUUUCCCCCCCUUUUAAUGCAUAGACACUGCAGUUUCCUUUAGUCAAAUACAAGUUAUUGUGUGUGUGUGUGUGCAUGUGCUUGCACAGGUUCCCUUUGAAAGGAUGGCUUGCUGAUCUGUGAAAAAGAUGGUUUUCUGAAAUUCUUGUGUUUGAAAUCCUUGGCUAAAGCUGGUGGUGCUAUUGCUAAAGUUAAGUGAUUAUGGUGCCCACUUGUAAUGUACUUGGAAAGAUAAAACAGCUUAACUUUUUUCCCCCCUCUUUGCUGCUCCAGAAUUGAUUAUCUUAAACUCAGCAGCAAAUAGCCACCACAUAACUAGUUUGCAUUUUUUUAACCUCUCAGCAGCAUUCCUGCCUGGAGUAUUCAGCUCCUCCAGGCUGUUACAAGUCAAAUAAUUGUUCUCUUGAAUGCAGCCCUCCUCCAUGAUCAAUACACCUUUGAAUGUUUUCAUGGCUGCAGAAAUCCUUCACGUGGGUUUGCUGGGCUGUGUUAUGCAUAAUUGUUUCUUUCACGACCUUACCUUUUGGUUGGAUCACAGAUUAAUGUUUUCUCCAUCACUCAAAAUAUGGGAUCGGUUUCAAGAAGUUUAGGAUUUCACAUACUUCAGGCUACAGAAGGAAACAGAAUUCUAGUUGCUGGAAAGAUCAAGGUUGCUAUUUGUUCUUUUGAAGUUGCCCAUCUACCCAUCUCUGAAUGCCGCAUGGGGCUCUUUGUUAAAAUUUAUUUCCAGUCACUCCAAGCGAGAAACCAUCAGCAGUGUCCAUUUGGGCAGCCUGUGUAUGUUGCAGGCAGAGUGUGUUUCUGAGUUGACAAUAUUUGCCUCUUAAGUUGGAGUAAAAAGCAUUAGUGCUAAAAUCACCUUCCACAAAUCACCUUUGUAUUAUUGCAUGUUAGCGACGUGUUUAAGUUGAAGAGGCUGCUUUUAUCUGAUGACAACCAUUUGUGACAACAUGUCAGUUGUUUCUUUGCUGGUUUGUGUCACAGGCUUUCUCUCCAGAUGCAGUGUAAAUGAAAUUGUUAAUGGGGUUCAGUAUCAGAGAGCUAAAUGUGUUAAUAUUCUGAUUUGAAACUUGACUGCCUUUCUUUCUUCUUUCUGCGGGCACUAGUUAAAUUUGAGGAUUCCAAGUUCUCCUAAUUUAAUUCUGAGCUGUCAUCUCUUCCUGUCUAUCUAAUUCCCGUCCUGAAUCCUCUUCCCCCAAUAGUCAGGGAAUACAUCUCCAACUGACCCUCAGGUUCCAGGCCCGUUUGGACUCAUCUUUUGUCUUGUCACUGUCCCAGACCAUGGAACACAGAAGGGACAUUCUAAUCCUUUCUCUCUUGCCCAGCCUCCCUCCCGUCCUGGCCUUGAGUCUUCCAAAUGGAAAAUUCCAGCAGUAUCAGUUGGUGAUGCACCCAUUUCUUGUUGAACCAUAGUCUGAUGGAAUUGCAUCUAAAGUAAAUGGUCCGAUUCUUAUCUCUUCAUUGUCAGCCCAAAUUCUUGGGAAGUUCCAAUACCUCAUAGAGUUCGCACCUAUAAAAAGCAGGACUUGACUGGCUUGGCUUGGGAGGGUUGUGUGUGGGGAAGAUAGGCAAUGGCCUGCACCGCAUUCAUCGAGAGUUCCAGCAGAGAGAGGGAGAGAAGAUUCUGGCGGACCUGCCCAGCAAAGGGGCCCGCUUUCCCCGCUUCUCUCCCCAACCCCCAGCUCUCAGCCUGUCUUUUAAAUAAUCCUUCCUCAUUCCACUUUUGUGCUGGGGGAUAAUUAGUCACAGCUCAAAAGAGGGCUCAAUGCUUUCUCUAAGCCAUGCCUGCUAUAGAGAGGAAACCUCCAGGGGUGGGGAGCGUGGAGACCCCCAUCCUAAUUCCUCGGAUAAAUGCUGGCGGUUUGAAUGUUUGAGACCAGGCCUUUUGCUUCUAGCCUGGGUGUAUUUUUCAACUUUGUAAUGUAACCUGUAUAUUUUUUCAUGUUCCUCUCUCAUCGGGAAAUUGUAAGAUUUAGGGGAGGGGUCUGGGAAGUGCUGUGCCUUGCAGAAUUCAGAGAUCAGAGCUCUGGGUACCCUGCGGGCCACCUCCAACCUGACCCUGUGUUAAUAAUAAGAAACUUGUUUACUUGAAGCCUGGGCUCUGGUGGGCCCACGGGUGUAGAUUGUAAUUGUGUGUCUAAAAAAAUGCUUUUUUGUAUCCCCCAGUAGCAUGACAACUAGAAUAGUAAUUUGACUUAAAAAAAAGAACAACCUAGUGUUUUCAAAAACUCCUUUAGGCGUGGUAACACUUUGAAAUCAGGUGUGGGGUUCUUUCCCCCCACCCCUGCGUAAGGAUGAGGGAUUGUCGUAAAGCUUGGCUGAAGAGGAAAUAAAAACAGAACAGGAGGUGGUAGAGGGCAUGGAUAUCUCUACUCGUUCCAAAGAUCCUGGCUCCACAGAGAGAACAGCCCAGAAAAGAAAGUUCCCCAGCCCUCCACAUUCUUCCAAUGGCCACUCGCCACAGGACACGUCAACAAGCCCCAUUAAAAAGAAAAAGAAACCCGGAUUACUGAACAAUAGCAAUAAGGAGCAGUCAGAACUAAGACAUGGUCCGUUUUACUAUAUGAAGCAGCCACUCACCACAGACCCUGUUGAUGUUGUACCGCAGGAUGGGCGAAAUGAUUUCUACUGCUGGGUUUGUCACCGGGAAGGCCAAGUCCUUUGCUGUGAGCUCUGUCCCCGGGUUUAUCACGCUAAGUGUCUGAGACUGACAUCGGAACCAGAGGGGGACUGGUUUUGUCCCGAAUGUGAGAAGAUUACAGUGGCAGAAUGCAUCGAGACCCAGAGUAAAGCCAUGACAAUGCUCACCAUCGAACAGUUGUCCUACCUGCUCAAGUUUGCCAUUCAGAAAAUGAAACAGCCAGGGACAGAUGCGUUCCAGAAGCCUGUUCCCUUGGAACAGCAUCCCGACUACGCGGAGUACAUCUUCCAUCCCAUGGACCUUUGUACUUUGGAAAAGAACGCUAAAAAGAAAAUGUAUGGCUGCACAGAAGCUUUUCUGGCUGAUGCAAAGUGGAUUUUGCACAACUGCAUCAUUUAUAACGGGGGAAAUCACAAAUUGACGCAAAUAGCGAAGGUAGUCAUCAAAAUCUGUGAGCAUGAGAUGAAUGAAAUCGAAGUAUGUCCAGAGUGUUAUCUAGCUGCUUGCCAAAAACGAGAUAACUGGUUUUGUGAGCCUUGUAGCAAUCCACAUCCUUUGGUUUGGGCAAAACUGAAGGGGUUUCCAUUCUGGCCUGCAAAAGCUCUGAGGGACAAAGAUGGGCAGGUCGAUGCCCGUUUCUUCGGACAACAUGACAGGGCCUGGGUUCCAAUAAAUAAUUGCUACCUCAUGUCUAAAGAAAUUCCUUUUUCUGUGAAAAAGACUAAAAGCAUCUUCAACAGUGCAAUGCAGGAGAUGGAGGUUUAUGUGGAGAACAUUCGAAGGAAGUUUGGGGUUUUUAAUUACUCUCCAUUCAGGACACCCUACACGCCCAACAGCCAGUACCAGAUGCUGCUCGACCCCACCAACCCCAGCGCUGGCGCCGCCAAGAUUGACAAACAGGAAAAGGUCAAGCUCAACUUUGACAUGACGGCGUCCCCCAAGAUCCUCAUGAGCAAGCCCAUGCUGAGCGGGGGCACGGGCCGCAGGAUCUCCUUGUCGGACAUGCCUCGCUCCCCCAUGAGCACAAACUCUUCUGUGCACACGGGCUCCGACGUGGAGCAGGAUGCGGAGAAGAAGGCCACUUCCAGCCACUUCAGUGCGAGUGAGGAGUCCAUGGACUUCCUGGACAAGAGCACAGCUUCACCAGCCUCCACGAAGACAGGACAAGCAGGAAGUUUAUCUGGCAGCCCGAAACCUUUCUCUCCUCAAGCAGCAGCGCCGAUCACGACGAAAACGGAUAAAACGUCCACCACCGGAAGCAUCCUGAAUCUUAACCUGGAUCGGAGCAAGGCCGAGAUGGAUCUUAAGGAGCUGAGCGAGUCGGUCCAGCAGCAGUCCACGCCCGUGCCGCUCAUCUCCCCCAAGCGGCAGAUCCGCAGCAGGUUCCAGCUCAACCUGGACAAGACGAUAGAAAGUUGCAAAGCACAAUUAGGCAUAAAUGAAAUCUCGGAAGAUGUUUAUACGGCCGUAGAGCACAGCGAUUCGGACGAUUCCGAGAAGUCCGAUAGUAGCGAUAGUGAGUUUAUCAGUGACGAGGAGCAGAAGUCCAAGAACGAGCCGGAAGAGGCGGAAGAGAAAGAGGGCAGUCGGAUGGACAAAGAGCCAUCUGUCAAAAAAAAGCCCAAACUGACAAACCCAGUGGAGACUAAAGAGGAGCUGAAAAGCACAUUGCCAGCCAGCGAGAAGGCAGAUCCGGGCUCGGUCAAGGAAAAGGCAAGCCCCCAGCCCGAGAAGGACUUUGCAGAAAAAGCAAAACCCUCGCCCCAUCCCACAAAGGAUAAACUGAAGGGGAAAGAUGAGACGGAUUCCCCAACAGUACAUUUGGGCCUGGACUCCGACUCAGAGAGCGAACUGGUCAUAGAUUUAGGAGAAGACCAUUCUGGGCGGGAGGGUCGAAAAAAUAAGAAGGAGCCCAAAGAAUCAUCUCCCAAGCAGGAGGUUGUAGGUAAAGCUCCACCAUCCACUACGGCAGGCAGCCAGUCUCCCCCUGAAACGCCGGUCCUCACCCGCUCUUCCUCCCAAACUCCCACGGCUGGUGUCACGGCCACCACCAGCACCACGUCCACGGUCACGGCCCCGGCCGCCACCGCCACGGGAAGCCCGGUGAAAAAGCAGAGGCCGCUUUUACCGAAGGAGACUGCCCCGGCCGUGCAGCGGGUCGUGUGGAACUCAUCAAGUAAGUUUCAAACGUCCUCCCAAAAGUGGCACAUGCAGAAGAUGCAGCGCCAGCAGCAGCAGCAGCAGCAGCAAAACCAGCAGCAGCAGCCUCAGUCUUCCCAGGGGACGAGAUAUCAGACCAGACAGGCUGUGAAAGCUGUCCAGCAGAAGGAGAUCACCCAGAGCCCAUCCACCUCCACCAUCACCCUGGUGACCAGCACUCAGUCGUCGCCCCUGGUCACCAGCUCAGGGUCCACGAGCACCCUCGCAUCUUCAGUCAGUGCAGACCUGCCCAUCGCCACCGCCUCUGCCGAUGUCGCCGCGGACAUCGCCAAGUACACUAGCAAAAUGAUGGAUGCAAUAAAAGGAACGAUGACAGAAAUAUAUAACGAUCUUUCUAAAAACACUACUGGAAGCACAAUAGCCGAGAUCCGCAGGCUGAGGAUCGAGAUCGAGAAGCUUCAGUGGCUACACCAGCAGGAGCUGUCGGAGAUGAAACACAACUUGGAGCUGACCAUGGCCGAGAUGCGGCAGAGCCUGGAGCAGGAGCGGGACCGCCUCAUUGCCGAGGUGAAGAAGCAGCUGGAGCUGGAGAAGCAGCAGGCGGUGGACGAGACCAAGAAGAAGCAGUGGUGCGCCAACUGCAAGAAGGAGGCCAUUUUCUACUGCUGCUGGAACACCAGCUACUGUGACUACCCCUGUCAGCAGGCCCACUGGCCCGAGCACAUGAAGUCCUGUACCCAGUCAGCUACUGCCCCUCAGCAGGAAGCAGAUGCCGAGGUGAGCACAGAAACACUAAACAAGUCAUCCCAGGGGAGCUCUUCCAGCGCCCAGGCAGCCCCUCCGGAAGCGGCCAGUGCCUCGAAAGAGAAGGAGACGCCGGCUGAGAAAAGCAAGGACAGUGGCUCAACCCUCGACCUUUCUGGCUCCAGGGAGACGCCCUCCUCCAUUCUCUUAGGCUCCAGCCAAGGCUCGGUUAGCAAAAGGUGUGACAAGCAGCCUGCCUAUGCCCCAACCACCACAGACCACCAGCUGCACCCCACCUACCCCGCCCAGAAGUACCAUUCCCGGAGCAGUAAAUCCAGUUGCUGGAGCAGCAGCGACGAGAAGCGAGGCUCGUCGCGUUCUGAGCACAACGCCAGUACCAGCUCGAAGAGUCUUCUCCCAAAAGAGUCUCGGCUGGAUACCUUCUGGGACUAGGGACAAAUUGCGACACAAGCCACCCACCCCUUGAAGGAAAAAAACCAGACACCAGGAAAACAGGAAACAGCAAAGAAAUGUGAGACAGAACCACCACCUUCAGACUCGAGAAUUCCCAGCCUUCGGACUGGGCCUUGGCACCUGCACAUAGGGCGGCCUACACUACACAGCGUUCAGCAUUAGCCUUGACUGAGGACUGCUGGACCCACACGAAACCUAUGCUUUAGAUGUAAAUAAUGUACAAUCUGUGGAUGUCCUUGAACCUAGAGUACUUUCCCCUUUUUAUAUUUGUAUUGACUUUAACUUAUAAAAAAGAAAAAAGAAAAACAAUUAAAAAAACCCCCAAUAACAAAAAGAAUGUUUUGGUGUUGGAGAAGGGAUGGUCAGGCAGCCCCUGCGUCACGCGGUGGUGUGGAGACGGGGCCCUGGGAUCACUGUGGCACACAGGUCCUCCUCCCUGGCUGCCCCGGGGGAAAGUGAGCCCUUGUCACUCGUCUGUCUGUGCGCAGCACGUUGGGAUCAGGAGUUGUGGUGCAGAUUCUGUGCCGUCGUGGGCACGUCACAUCAAGCCAUCGGCCCCUUUCAGAUACUCUGUUAUGAUGUUAGGAAAUGCAAGCUCUCUGGACCCGAAGGACACAGGGAGAGGCUGGUUUAUUUUGUGUGAUUUCAAUGAUGACUCUACUCCUAAAAGGGAAAAAAUGAUGUCCUUGUUUACAGAAGACAGACAGAAACAAGCCCCGCUCAGCUCAGUCGCAGAAGAGAAGAACAGAGAGACUGUUAGAGUCAUCAGCUUUGAAACAAAGAGCGACCUUUUCUUUGCUUUCUGGUUCCUUUAAACACACUCACACACACUUGGUAAGAAGAGACGCUCUGCUUUUCGGGAGCAGGAACCCAAAGGCAAGACGCACGCAGAGGACGUUUGAGUCUGGGAUGAAGCAUGUAUGUAUUAUUUAUGUGAUGGAAUUUGACGUUUUUAUGGAAGCAUGAACAAAGGCAGUGCGAGAGAAGGCCAGACCCCGCCAUGCUGUCUGUUACACUACGUAUGCUGUAGUCCCAUUUUGUAUGUUGUGUAAAACAAAAAGCAUUGAGCAAACACAAAGGUGAUGUAUGUAUAUGAGAAAAUUAAUUGUACGAUAUCAUUCCAGUACAUUCGGUUGUACAUUUUAGUCUCGUUUACUUUCUCUUCAUUGUUGAUAACGAGGAUGCGGUCUGUACAGUGUCCAGCUAGUUAUCCAUAUUAGAGAAGAAAUAAAAAGAGCGUAUUAGAAGAAAACAGGAGAGAAAGAACAUUUGUGAAUUGCAGUUGUCAAAAAAAAAAAAAUAGCCUAGCUGGCCUUAUUUGUGAAGCAUAAUUGCUUUUAGCAUAUGGAAGUAUUUUUUCACAUUUUCUUUGUAUAAAAUUUGUAUUAAACUUAAAUAUCUUUUUUGAUGAUGGUCUUUCUUUGUGACUGAGCCAGUGGACUCACACGGUGUGCUCUUUUGGGUUCCUCCCCUUCCCCUCGGUUUUUUCAGAUUCUUCACCUUUUUUUAAUUAAACUGUUUUGGAAAAAUGG